AUGAACGCGCAGGGCCGGCUCCCGCCGGGCAUGGCCAGCACGGACACUGUGCACGCGGCCGCUCCGCCUCCCCUCCCCGUCACGGAGGCUCGCAGGGGCAUGGGCUGCUCCCCGGUGAAGCUGCUUCCCCGGGCUGAGGCCAUCCGCUCCAAGCUGGUGUGCAUGUUCUACCUGAUGGAUCACCUGCAGGGCCUGAGCCAAGCCAUCCCCCGGCACAACAUCAAGGACUUCCUCGACGCCAGAAAGCAGAGGAAGCUGAUGCUCAGUGAUCACAACCAGCUGGUCCGUUUCAACAUCAAGCCCAUCAAGAAGACCCUCGUCACGCCAGAGAAGCACCUGCGUAACCGCAUUGAGGUCCGCAGCAUACUCUUCAGAAGCUUCAUCAUCUUCCUGAUCUUCCUGAACACGCUGGUGCUGAUGAUCAAAAGUGAGCUCAUGAAGGUGGCCAACGUGAGUCGCAACAUCACCACAUCCCUGGAGGUAGCAGUCUGGGUCAUUUCUAUCAUUUUCAUCAUUGACAUCAUGCUGAAYUGGCUGGUGAACUUCAGGGGCUAUUGGAAGAAUGGCUGGAACAUCUUUGACUGCACCCUCACCUUUGUGUCGCUCAUCCCCGAGUUCUUGUACCUGUUCAACAUCGCGGAGCAGUCUGUSUCCAAGAGAGUCCGGCGCGUCUUCCGCAUCCUCCGCUCCUUGAAGAUCUUCUGCCGCUUCCAGCAGGUCCGGCUGAUCAUCCGGGCCAUAGUGAAGGCCCUGAAGGCCAUGACCUACAUCCUCCUGUUCCUGCUUGUUUUCUUCUACGUGUUUGCUGUCUCUGGUGUCUUCUUCUUUGAGAACUACACCCACUCCAACUACGCAGAUGAAAAGUACAAGGACUAUUUCAGCUCCUUUUCCAAUGCCGUGGUGACUGUCUUCAUUCUCUUCACCCUGGAUCACUGGUACGACCUGCUUCAGGACACCUGGAAGAUUCCCAAUAUGAACAAAUUUAUCAGCGGGAUGUACAUCAUCCUCUGGCUGCUGAUCGGGUCCUUCCUCUUCAAGAACAUCAUUGUGGCCGUGAUGGUGAGUAACUUCCAAACCAUCCGAAGUGACCUGAUGGAAGAAGCACAGCAGAUAGAAACCCAGAAGGAAGUGGAUUUAUUCAGAAUACAAAUUAGAGAAAGGAGACACAGCCAGUCCUCGACAGGCAUCAAGAGCUGCCAGAGCGGCUCUGGCAGGGUAUUCGACCAAGAGCUCGACCACGGCAGCAAAGCCCUCUCACUCUCCAAGAAGAGCUCUGAAUUCAAGCUGCCCAGAGACCAAUCCACAAAGGACUCGGACUGGGAGACAUAUAUACAGAAGAACCUGAAGAGACUCAUUGAUGAAAAUGAGGAUGUGCAGGUGCUGUGGCCCCGCGAUUCCCUCUUCCGCUAUUUGGAGCUGCUGGAGGAGCUGCAGUAUAACCUGGAGGACCGCAAGAGGCUGCAGAAUCACGCAAGCAGCAGCGGGGCCAGSCUGGCCCGUCCUGCCCUGGUGCUGCUCCCCUGCGCAUGCCGCAACGCACGCUGA